AAACUUUUUAAAAAUAGAAGGGUUAAACAAGCCAUAAAAAUUUCGUAAUGCAUUUAAGUAAAUCUACCAUGUUUGUUGUCAGGAUGCUUUUUUCCAACAUGGUGUUUUUGUUUUUAUUUUACUUCACGUGGUGUUUAAAAAACGUUAGUUGAAAUGCACAAUGUCGCUAUCUCAACUCAACCUAUUCUGCAGUAUAGCUCAGGUCAAGGAAGUGCAACUGCAACAGUAUUAACGAACAGAGCUAAACACCUGACUGUCAUAUCGCCUAAGACUAGAAUUUCGCUAAAUGAUAAUAAUGUAAAACAAGUUAGAAAGAAGGGUCAGCGUGCCAUGCACAGAACUACAUUUACAUUUGAAACUCAACCAGUUUUACAGUCGUAUGUAUCAACAACUAAAAGGGAAUUCAGCGGAAACAAGAACCUGCCAAAGUCGUACAGGCCUCCAAGAUGUCCAUCUCAGCAUAAAUCACAUUUCUCACUUGGGGAUGCAAAAGAUACUCCAACUAGGGAUAAUAGUUUGCUUAAAGUAAUCACUAAAAUGCCUGUGCAUGAAGAUAGAGUCAGGUGGAAAUCUCAAAUGGCUGGGGAGAAUAUGCAGCGUGUGUUAUCAUCUAAUGUAACAUCAUACGACAUGGUACCAAGAAGUACGACUUAUGAUAAAUCAAGGAAUUCAUUCAAGACGCCUUUUCUAUACAAACAUUUACCAAUGGAGAAAAUUGACAUAAUAACGGGUGCAUCUUAUGGAUACUCGCAUAAUAGAGAUUACCGGCUGAUUUCUGGAAAUCGUGUCUUGCAACAUCUACGAAACAAUUCGAAGGAUCCUUUGUUGGGUUAAAUUUUUCAACCUUGUAUUUUUAUAUUGAUUUUGUACAGUCUUGUUUGCGAGGAUUGUAAAUACACAAAGUAAUUUUAUACCACAAUUGUCUAUAUUUCUAAUUAAUUAAUUAUAAAAAAUUUCUGAAUUUGUUUGUUGUGAAUUUUUGGAUCAAAAAAAUGAGGAGUAUUUGAAAUUUUACAGGUGACGCUAUGAGUGAAGAACUAAAGAUUGCUGUAAGAAUAAAGCAUUUCUACGCAUUUUGAAAAUAAAACAAUGCGUCAGAAGAUUAUAACGUCAUUACCAUGUAACUUUUGCAAUUGUAGAAUAAAUACGGAGAAUAAGAAA